CACCCACUGCCAGUGUCCACGGUGCCUGGGAUCAUAAGCUAACAGGACACACCACUGUCCAGAGGGCGGCGGUGGGCGGUGCUGAUAGCUAAUAACUCGGGUCUCCACUUACCCCACCCGAGGCAGCCAACACUGCUGAGAAUACAGGAAGGGAAGCUCACCCCGCGCGGGUCCUGAUUGGAUAAAAGUGUAUCCCAAAUUUUGCGACUAACCGAAAACAACGGAAGAUGGAAGACAACGCGGUAGACAACGCGGAAGAGCCGCCCGCUAUUGAGGUAACACCAGCAGAAGGUGGGGGUGUGUCUGAUUCCUUACCAGAGAAACUAUUCCAGUUGGAGCAGAAAGAACGCAAGGCAAGCAAGAGGCGACCGGGAUCAUUUUGGAAAAAACCUCCCACGUUUGUUUACGCCAACAAUUUUGGUUUUGGAAUACAUAGUUACCAGCCUAUGAUAGAUUACCUUGACGCAAAGGAUGACGGACUGCCAGUGAACAAGGACGACAUCCACCUGCCAUUGAUGGAGGAGAGAUGUAUGAGAAAAUAUGCUUCUGAUAAGCCGUUCAAAUGGUAUCAAAAUAAUGAUAUAGAUAAAUACAUCGACAAGGGAGAAAAGAUCCGCACACAGAUCAGACAAAACGAUGCAGUAGGCGUGAGCAACGUAUUGAGACGAACACACACCAAUUGGUCUAUGACAAGGAAGUGGGUUCAGCUAGUCAAGAAAUCGUAUGUGGUUGACUAUCGUAAAUUACACAAAAAGGCAUCCGAGUUUGAGGACACAAACUACCGCUCGCCAACGCCCGUCAAGGUCGUGGACUACAGGGAACUCACGCCAAAACCGCGCUACCUCGACGAUUUAUCUUCCGAGUUUGCCAGUGUAGUGAGAACACUCGCCCAGAGCAGGACGGAGCACGAGCAGGUGAUGGCCAGUCGUCAGGAGAAGAUGAAGAUGUUGGACAACAAAUUCGAGGAUACUAUUGAUCAUAUAUAUGAACAAAUGAAGCGCAUCAACAAACGUGCUGAUACCUUCUCUUCCUCCCCCAUGGACCCUAGGGAAAUCGAACCCGCUGAACAUGAAUUGACUCUUCGAAAUAGGAUACGCCGUCAAGAGGAAAUAAAAAAUAUGAUGGAAUGUGUAAAUGAUCUCACAGAAAUGGACAGUGCCAGGAACACACUGCGCUCUAGCUUGCGCAGUCUCGACAAUGAAGUGCUUGGGCUCAGUCACCGUGUAGACGGCAUGAGGGAGCUGCAGCAGACGGCGGAGCACUUGUACAACCCUGAUCGCGACGUUGAACUCGACAUGUUGAAGGCACAAAUUGCUGCUCGCAGGAGUCAGUCUCGUGCUCGCUCCAUUGCUCGGGAGAUCGAGGAAGAUGAAAUUGAAGAAUUUAGAAGUUGCAGAAGGCCCAAACAAGCUAUACUCUUUCCAAGUCGUGAAAGAGUGACCACAAGGCCCAGAGAGUCACUCAUGCGCGAGGAAGUCAUCUCCGACGUUCAUGCUCGCGUCCUCAACAAGGCAGGAGAACUGGGUACUCGCACUAGUGAGCAACGAAGGAUCAACAGCCGAGCUCGUUUUGUUAACGUGUUUAAGCCUCGUCCCGACACUGCCGACUGUGAGCUGUUAGUGCCUCCCUCCCGUACGGAAUUGAACAUCGACUUCAUGGCUAAGUCUCUGGCAACCAGGGGUAAUUGUCAACGUCGCUACGACAUCGACACAGAGGUGGAGGCGCCCCGAUCCAGCAUCAACACCAACGCGCACAAGGAUUACUGUGAAUUAAGGGCCAGGAAGCCUAUCGAACAGCAUCCAUCUCUCAGCAACCGAGUUAGAUGUGCCAUUAUCCGUGCCCGCGCCAGAAACGCUCUCCUCGGGUACUAGAUGUCCACGCCACCAACAGUGCCUACGUCAGGAACUCCUCCACGGCGUCCUGCUCCUCAUUACAACCUGACAACACUUACUUUGCCCUUAUUGAAUCAAGAGAAGGAGAAAGACCCCCCUCAGAUGUAAUGUUGGUCUUACAGAGCAGCUCAUAAAACUUCCAGGGUUUGUUCAACACACGUUUCUCCAAAGCUUAAACUAGAUGCCCUCCGGAUGAGUUUGAUUUCCAUUUUUUUUUUAACCCAAUACGGAAGUCUGUGAACGAUGAUAUGACCAAAGAUGAAGUGAACUGAGAAAUAAUUGACAACAAGCAGUGAUAUGUAAAGAGGAUUGUGUGAAGUGAAGACGACCAUGUGAUCUCCCUUUAAGGACACAUCGUAUAGUGUUGACAGAACGAACUCAAGUGCCCCCUCGCUCUCAGUGUAGCCACAACGAACUCCGUGUUAUCUUCAUACGAGUAAUCGACGAAGUUUUCGAAUUAUUUAAUCAUACUUCUUACGACACUAUUGUUUAAGAAUAUUAUCCUUGUGGUCCAACAGCAUUAUCGUAGACAUAUAAUGUUUGUGUGGACUGCCUUUUACUCUAAGUAUCACCCCCCCAUCUCCAAAAAAAACCAAACAACUAUAUACAAUGCAGCAUAUCAUAUGUUUUAGCAUUUGCUUGUGUAUUCUUCUGUUUCACAUUGAUAUCAAAAUAAUUAUAAUGAUAUAUAAAUAAAUAUUCAUAAAAAACAGAA